UACUAGAUCGCAGGAUGUAUUUGUUCCAACUCGUCAUCUCAGAGCUGCGUGUAUCUGUCAAAGAACUUUUAAGACAUCGGCAAUGCGACUGUGCAUCGAAAGCACAGAGUGCGUCAACGAGAACCAUACCGCAGGCUUCUCAUUCGCCAUCGGAUAGACAGCUUCCUGUCGGUAUUCUUGCAGAUCCGGGCCGAGUUCCGGCCGCUCACAUCCGGCGUGCAUAAACCCCCUCCAAGGCUUCUUUCUGGCUGGCGGAUCUCCAAACUGUCAAACAAUCCGUUUCGAAACAUCAUCGGAACCAUCAUGUCGAACCAAAUAGCCUUGCCUGUCGUCGACCCGGCUGGCAAGACGCGAUUGCGCCAGUCUCUGGAACGCGCCAAAGCCCGCGAAGGACCCAGUGUCGGACAAUGGCUGGAAUUCCCAGGCUACACACUCGCCCGGACCAUCGCGCCCCUGGGCCAAGAUUGGGUUCUGAUUGACUGCGAGCACGGCAACAUCGACGACCGCGAUAUGUACCUACAGAUUGGCGCCAUCUCGUCGAGCGGCGUGUCGCCCAUCGUACGGAUCCCAACGGACGAGCCGUGGAUGGUGAAGCGUGCGCUUGAUGCGGGCGCGCACGCCAUCAUGGUGCCCAUGUGCGAGACGGCAAGCCAGGCCGAGGCCAUUGUGCGCGCGGCCAAGUAUCCCGACACCAAGAAGUGGCCUGCGGGCCGUCGGGGGGCGGGUGCCAUGUUUGCCCCGGCCGCCUUUAACCAGAACGGCCGCGAUUACCUGUUCCGUGCCAACGACAACGUCAUGGUCUGCAUCCAGAUCGAAACGCGGCUGGCCCUCGAGAACAUCGAAGCCAUCGUGGCCGUUGAGGGCAUCGACAUGGUCUUUAUCGGUCCCAACGACCUGGCAUCUUCAAUGGGAUACGUCGCAUUCGACCAUGCGUCCAUCCCAGAGGUCCAAGAGGCUUCGAAGAGAGUCUUGGACGCCACUCUGCGUGCCGGCAAGUAUGCGGGCCACUUUGCCCUGAGCUCAGACGCUGCUGCGCAGAAAUACAAUGAGGGGUACCACUUUGUCAAUUGCGGUGCCGACAUUGUGGCCGUUACCGCGUGGAUGUCUACAGAAAUGUCAAAGCUAAGUAGAUCGCUGGUGCAGUAG